CACAAAAAUCAUCGUUUCAUGACGUCACUCAGCAGAAGCGAAAGUGAAACACGUCACUGUUACACAGACGAAGUUCAUUUUCUUUCAGCAGCACAUAAAGUUCAAAAUCCACAUUGAAGGAAGUAAAAUUACUUCAGAUAAACUGAACAGCAGCAGAAAUAAAGCAGCUCGGAGAGGAAAUUUAUUCAGCUUUAUUACUGAAAGUGUUUGUGUCAUGGCUUCCUCCAGCAGUUUCCUGUCUGAAGAUCAGCUCCAGUGCUCCAUCUGUCUGGAUGUGUUCACUGAUCCAGUCUCUACACCAUGUGGACACAACUUCUGCAUGAUCUGUCUCAAAAAAUGCUGGGACACCAGGUCAAUCUGCCAGUGUCCAGUUUGUAAAAAGGAAUUCCCUAAAAGACCUGAACUUAAUGUAAAUACUUUCAUCUCUGGUCUGGCUGCUGAGUUUAAAAAAUCAGUUCAGGUGAAAUCCAGCAGCGCUGCAGAACAACUUCCCUCCAAACCUAAGAGUGUGCUGUGUGAUUACUGCACUGAAGAAAAGCUGGAGGCUGUAAAGUCCUGUCUGGAUUGUGGAGUUUCUUACUGUAACACUCAUCUGAUGCCUCACAAAACUGCAGCUAAACUCAAGAAGCACAAACUGAUUGAUCCUGUGAAGAACCUGGAGGAUUACAUCUGCCAGAAACAUGAGAAACCUUUGGAGAUGUUCUGUAAAGACGACCAGAUGUGUGUAUGUCAGUUCUGCAUGGAGGGGGACCACAAGAACCACAUAACUGUUCCUAUAGAGGAGGAGAGUGGAGUGAAGAAGAAUCAGCUUGGUGAGACUCAAGCAGAAGUUCAAAAGUUGAUCCAGGAACGACUGAGAAAGAUUAAGGAAAUCAAAACCUCUGUAGAACUCAAUAACAAAAAUACAGAGAAGGAGAAAGCCGACAGUAUGAAGGUGUUCAGAUCUCUGAUGAGCUGCAUUGAGAGAAACCAGGCUGAGCUGAUUAAAGUGAUGGAAGAGAAGCAGAGAGCAGCAGAGCGUCAGGCUGAAGAGUUCAUUAAAGAUCUGGAGCAGGAAAUCACUGAACUAAAGAGGAGAAACACUGAGCUGGAACAGAUCUCCAACACUGAGGAUCAUCUCCACCUCCUACAGAUUUACCCGUCCCUGUGCAGUCCUCCACCCACCAAGAACUGGACUGAUACCAAGAUUAACCCUCAUCUGAAUGUGGAGACUCUGAGGAGAACUCUGUUGCAGCUUCAGGAAUCUCUCAACAUGGAAAUAAAGAAAAUUGGUGAGAUCAAACUAAAGAGAAUUCAACAAUAUGCAGUGGACGUGACUCUGGAUCCUGACACAGCUCAUCCUAAACUCAUUUUGUCUGAGGAUGGAAAACAAGUGAAGCAUGGAGACAAACGACAGAAUCUCCCUGAUAAUCCAGAGAGGUUUGAUUCUUGUGUUAAUGUGCUGGGAAAGCAGGGAUUCUCUUCAGGAAGAUUUUACUAUGAGGUGCAGGUCAGCGGGAAUACUGAAUGGGAUUUAGGAGUGGCCAAAGAGUCCAUUAACAGGAAGGGGGAGAUUAAACUCACUCCUCAGAAUGGAUACUGGUGUAUGUGGUUAAGAAAUAAGACUGAAUAUAAGGCUUGUGAAUCUUCUCUUCUCCCCCUCACACUGAAACAGGCUCCUCAGAAGGUGGGGGUGUUUGUGGAUUAUGAGGAGGGUUUGGUCUCCUUCUAUGAUGUAGAUGACAGCUCUCACAUCUACACUUUUACUGGUCAGUCUUUCAUUGAGAAACUCUAUCCAUACUUCAGUCCCUGUCUUAAUUAUAAAGGUAAAAAUUCAGCACCACUGAUCAUCAAACCUGUUAAACAAUCUGAUUGAGAUUUAUUCUCUACAGAAUCCAACAUUAUUGGUCAUAAAUUAAAACUCUCUGAUAAUAAAGAACUGGAAUUAAGAUUAAAGAUCUAGUU